GUCCUUAACGGCCAUCAUUGAGAAAACAUUUUCAAGGUGUUGCCAAAUCCCGUCAACUCUUUGGUGUUGCUAAAGAACUACAACUGAGAGGUCAGGAUGGUCCAGAAAAUACUAAAUAAAUUCGUCGGUACCAAGUACAUUACUAUUCUAAGGACGUGGGUACCAAAUAUGGCUGCCUGGGGAACAGUUGUUGGAGUGGCGGUCGUUCACUUCACAGACUGGCGAUUGGUCCUGGACUAUGUGCCAUACAUUAAAGGGAAGUUCAGCGAGGAUGAGUAAAGUCCUACAAAACUAAAUUAUCCACCUCAGCCGGUCUCCUCUGCAUCCACAAGUCCAACCUCUGCAGUUUUGGGGACAGAGCCAGCUCCCAGGCUCUGGAACUCCCUCCCCCAAGAGAUCCGCACCUCUGAGUCCCUCACCAUCUUCCAGUCCCGCCUCAAGACCCUUGUUUUGUUUUGCUUUGUUUUGUUUUGUUGUGCAUUGUUUUUAUUAUCUACCUGCCCUGUAAAGCGACUUUGAGUUCGUGAAAAGGGCUAUAUAAAUUCAGUUUAUUAUUAUUAUUAUUAUUAUUCUGAUAUCACACUACAGACAUUAUAUUGAUAUUUCCAAGCCCUAUUCAAGUUUAUACACCUUCAGAGCCCUCCUCACCAUCCUGAACCCACUGCCACUUCCACCAUACCCCUUUAACCCCUACUUGGAUGUGGUCUUGUCAGAAAUCAAACCUCAGAGACAGGAAGGAUGUGCUUUUCUUACACACUGAUGUGUUCAUGAACAAUUUGCUAACGAAUGGGCUGUGUGUCUUACCUACAGGACCAGGGCUUGGGAAUGGGCACAUGGGUGGAUUGCUUACACAAGCAAGCUUAAGUAUGAUGCCCUGGCUCAACAAUCAGUCACCGAGGGCUUGUUAGGAGUUUGGACUAUGAGAUGCAUAAAUGCUGUUUUUGAUCCAUUAUUAUUUAAUGUGCAUAAAUCUUAAUUUGCUCCAAUGUGUCCAGUUAUUCUGCAAAAUGCCAACUAUUAAAAGGUUCUGUUUAAAUUGUU